CGAUGCAACCCUGUUGGCAAACGUGUUACCUAUAUCCGCUCGUUCCUCCUCUUUCUUUUUGCCAUUGUCAGCCGACGAAGUGCUCUUUGACUUGAAAUAUCAACAUGGUUGCUGUAAAGAAACAAAAGAAGGCUCUGGAGAGCACCAAUGCCCGUCUGGCUCUGGUGAUGAAGUCCGGCAAAUACUGCCUGGGCUACAAGCAGACUCUGAAGACUCUCCGCCAGGGCAAGGCCAAACUGGUGCUUAUCGCCAGCAACACCCCCGCCCUGAGGAAGUCUGAGAUCGAGUACUACGCCAUGUUGGCCAAGACUGAGGUCCAGCAUUACAGCGGCACCAACAUUGAGCUGGGAACCGCCUGCGGUAAAUACUUCCGCGUGUGCACCCUGUCCAUCACCGAUCCUGGAGAUUCGGACAUCAUCCGCUCUCUGGAGUCGGCCUAAACUUAUUUUUAAUCUAACAAGACAACACAAUAAAGUUUUGAAUGAGCAGAGAUAAUGUUAAAAAUAAA